AUGGCACCCACAGUUGUGAGCAACAUCAAUCCUUCGAUACGCCGACGCCGCACGGCAGUGUUCAUUUCUUCUGAUACGCAGUUGCUGCAGGACCCUUCUGUUACCUCAGACGCGAGCUUUUCAUUUGCCUCGAAAAGCGAAAGCCCAGAUCUAGGACUUAUACCUCCCCCCAUGGCCCAACAGCCGUCAUCAUACCGGCAAACCGUCAUCCGAGCCGGCGAUGAAGUCGAGUUUUUCUCGGGAGAGCUAGACCGCCACCUCACCGACCUCAGAGGAACCACAGAAGAGAAGCGCGCCCAGGUCUUCCAGCUUAUCGACUCUUACCAUGCAUACUCGAGGAAAAGGGCGGAUCGACUCCGCGAGCGUCAGCCACGCAAAUUCACCCUUCGCGAAAAUGAGAUGGACAUCGACGAUAAUGAAAUUGAUGACCUCGCCGUAAACUUUGACGAAGAAUAUCGGAAGGCAGAAGAGGAGGCGCAAACUUGGGAUCUUCUUCGGCGCAUGCUGCCCCUGGAAUAUGGCCAGGACGAAACAUCUCAGUUGAAACAACACACAAAACCAUCCUUACAGUCACGGAACCAAUGGUGGAACGAUUUCAUGCUGUCUGACUCUUUGGCAAGGGAACAGAAGGUCGUGCUAGAGUGGCUUCAGAGCAGUGCAAGCCAGGGACCGCCAGUAGACGACGUUGUGAGCCACCUUCAGGAGAGCGCAGAGAGGGGUGACAUUCUUGCCCAUGGCUGGCUUCAUACUCGCACCAAGAUCAAGCUGCAGAAGAGCGUGAACGGGUACCAAGGAUCGCUUGACCCAAGGGCAUCUGGCUUUGCCGAAUCACAUCUCAGCUCCAACACGCUUGUCACCCAGCUCGAUCCCGAUGCCAUCACACGGCAAGCUCGCAAAUUGGAAACCCAGGACGACUUUUUCGAGCGCGCCAUUUGGUUGGGCUGCUUUGAGAUGCUACGUCGUGGCUUUUCAAUGGCUGAGAUUCGAGAAUGGUGCUCUAUGAGGACGGAGCUAUGGAGAGCUGCGUCUCUUACGCCCCUACCGCUUGCGAACCCAGAAGACGAGGACCAGCCGGACUUUGACCCGCGUUCGCUCGUUCUAUGGAGGCGAAUGUGCUUCUCUACCGCUCGGGAUGGCGGAACUAGUGACUACGACCGGGCGGUCUAUGGCCUGCUGGCCGGUGAUAUCGCGAGUGUAGAGAAGGUGUGCGAGACGUGGGAUGACCUGCUAUUUGCUCACUACAACGCUCUACUUCGAACACGGUUCGACUCGUAUCUGGUCAAGCACGGCGGAGAUGAGGCCGCUAGGAUCGCCCAACAGUUCCCUGCUUUCAACGCUGUUUUGCAUCACGGGGAUCCGCAUUCGGUCGGCAAGAGGCUCGUCACCUUACUCGAGACAGAUUUGAGGACGAGCAACGAAGCUACAAGGCCAUCCAAGGCACUACAGGGUGCCAUUAUUGCGCAUGAACUUGGCCGUUAUUUGACUAAUCAGGGACUCGUCCUGGCGAAGCACGCAAAUCAACGAUCGAAGUCCAACUUGAUACCUCCAGUUGACCUGCAAGUCCCAGAUGACCUUACUCACCCUAAAUACUUCAAUCUGUCGGACCACAACAGCCUUCGUGUGCUCAGUCACGUUCUCAUCAUCUUCACUACUCUCAACAGGCUCAGCGAGACCCGUACCAUUUCCGAUGCCCAUCAAGAGGCCAUGGAGAACAUUAUCGCAGCCUAUAUCAGCUUCCUCCGCCUCGCCAAUCUGGAGGAGAUGAUACCACUUUAUUGCUCCAAGCUACAUGGGCAGCGCGUAUACGAGGCGCUCAGCCGAAAUCUUAUCCACAUUCUCGACAACGGUGCACGGAGGGUGCAGAUUUCCAUUAUGAAUAGACUAGGCAUCAGUGUCUCGGAGUUUGUCAAGAGGCAACCCCAGAUUUUCCUCAGCGAUGUUCACGACCUUCUACAGCCCUGUGAGGCAAAGGGGAAGUUCAAGGUCCUGGAGGACGGCCCGGCGACACUAAAGUACGGCCGCAUAGUGAAGCCAGAUUUCUUUGGUGACGACGAGGCAGAAGAAUUCGAUCAAGAAGAGGGACAUAUCAUCUGCUCUCUGGAAUGGCUCAUGCUGAUCGAUGAUUUGUUCGUGGAAACAUGCACAUAUGUCGUCAGGGCCUACAAAACGCACACGCUUGCGCGCCGCCCGUGCUCUUUCUCAGAGGGUGCCAGGCCGGGAGAUCAUCCCCGGGUCGGGGGAAAGGGGGACGAUGGUAGUGUUGAAUGGUUUGCCGACUUCGCCGCGAGUGAGCUUCCAGAGGAGUUGCUUGCGUUGUACGCCGGUGACAAGGAGGCAGUGAUCACGCAAGUACGAAACAUGUGGGAGCUCGAGUGCCUUGUCAAGGCUUUGGACUCGAUGGAGACUUUGUCCUCUUUGGCAGGUCUCGCCAGGGAGGACAGCACCAAUUCCCGCGAACUGUGGCAGCAUACGAACAAGGAAGUCCGCGCGGCCAAAGCAUACAUGCAACCAGUCCUUAAGGGGUGGUUGCUGGAAACCAUUCGGCCCGACCCCGACUUCCAAGCUCUUCGUGAGGCCUACAUCCCAGAAACCGUUCUGGCCCUCGUUAGCUCUCUACAUUUUGCCGGCGCUACCCUCUCGCGCGACUACUUGCUCGAGUGCAUGGAGCUGGCUGCAGUUGUCGCUGAGAAAGCCUCAGCCGUAUCUCAGGAAUUCGUCAAAUCUGGCAGGAUAAAGGAGCUUGUGGAAGCAUUUGCCUCUGGUAGUAAAGCGCUCGCUAUCUUCGCGAGCGAAAAGAAGGCCAUCUCUAAGGAGACGAAGAAGAUCAGGGAGCAUGGUUGGUCUCGGGAGCUUUGGUCUGUCAAGCCACAAUAG